AUGAGACCUCUCAGGGUGGAGCUUCUCCUCUUGUGGGCAUCUUCAGCCUUGGCAGGAAUACCAGCUGUGCCCUGGAAAGUGCAUUGUCCAGAACAGUGUGUUUGCCAGAUCCGCCCCUGGUACACACCUAGGUCUGCUUAUAGAGAGGCCAACACUGUAGACUGCAAUGAUCUAUUUGCCACUUCUGUUCCAAGUUCUUUGCCAGCAGGGACCCACACUUUGCUCCUGCAAAGCAACAAUAUAGCUCACCUGGAACAGCAGGAGCUUGGCUACUUGGAGAACCUGACAGAGCUUGACCUAUCUCAGAACAGCUUCACUAACAUACAAGAUUUCAAUGCUAGACAGCUUCCACAUCUAGUCAGCCUUCACCUUGAAGAGAACCAGUUGGAAUACCUCCCUGAUCACAGUUUCUCUGGAUUGGAGAGCUUAGAGGAGUUAUACUUAAAUCACAACCAACUGUCUAAUCUCUCACCCCAAGCAUUCUCAGGUUUGAAACGUCUCCUCCGGUUGCAUCUCAACUCCAACUUAUUGACAACUCUAGAUAACCGCUGGUUUAAAGAAUUGUCAGGACUGGAGGUAUUAAUGGUGGGGGGAAACAAGGUGAGUUCAAUUCUGGAUAUGAAUUUCCAUCCACUGUCAAACCUCAGAAGCUUGGUGCUGGCUGGCAUGGGACUACGGGAUAUAUCUGAUUUUGCCCUUGAAGGACUAAUAAACUUAGAAAGUCUCUCAUUCUAUGACAACAAGUUGGUCAAGGUGCCCAAGAGAGCUCUCCAGAGGGUACCGGGCCUGAAGUUCUUGGAUCUUAACAAGAAUCCCUUAAGUAGAAUACAACAAAAGGACUUUGCUGAUAUGGCUCAACUAAAAGAACUUGGGUUAAAUAGCAUGGACGAACUUGUAUCUAUAGAUGAACUUGCACUUAUGAAUCUACCUGAGCUCACCAAGUUAGAGGUCACGAACAACCCAAAAUUAUCAUUUAUUCAUCCCAAAGCUUUCCAGAAGCUGCCUCGUAUGGAAACUCUAAUGCUAAACAAUAAUGCCCUGAGUUCUCUUCACCGUGAAACUGUGGAGUCACUUCCCAAUCUACAAGAAAUUGCUAUGCAUGGUAAUCCAUUACGAUGUGACUGUGUUAUCCGCUGGGUCAAUGCCACUGCCCCACAUGUCCGUUUUAUGGAGCCACAAUCAACAUUAUGUGCUGAGCCUCCUGAGUUGAGACGUACACCUCUGAGAAUGGUUCCCUUCAGAGAGAUGAGUGAUCGCUGUCUGCCACUUAUCCCGGUACCAAGUUUUUCACCCCGUGUGAGAGCAUCUGCUGGUCAAAGCAUUGCGUUACACUGCCGGGCAUUGGCAGAGCCUGAACCACAGAUUUAUUGGGUUACACCUUCUGGCGAACGUCUUAGAUUAUCUGCAGAAUGGGGAGGCUACAAGGUACAAGAAGAGGGAACACUAGAGAUUCAAGUAGUGUCUUCAGCACAUGCAGGACUGUAUACAUGUGUUGCACAGAAUCUAGUGGGAGCUGAUUACAAAAGCGUCCAUUUGAUGGUAAACCAGCUUUAUCCAGCAAGAGAUGACCCUGUCCAGCUGAGAGUAGGUGAGAUUGGGGAGCGUCAUAUGUUGCUAUCCUGGACUCCACCACUGAAUGCCCUUGGAUGCAGCCUCCGCUGGAGUUGCCUGACACCAGGUGCAAGUGUGGAGAGGGCCAGGCUGCCAGUAGGACUGCACUCUUAUAAUGUCACACGUCUGCUUCCAGGAGAGGAGUGCAGGGUAUGCUUGAGAGUAUCCAUCUUAGGGGGCAGGGCAAGAACGGCUUGUGCAAGUGCCCAGACUAGGGAGACUGGAACAGGGUACAGGAACAGGGGUCAAAAGGCUCUUUCAGCACUGGCUUUCUGCUUGCUGUUUGUAAUUGUUGGGUUGCUUGCACACUAUCGUAUAAGGGGCAGAUCUGAUGCACUAUCCCCAUGGCCUCUCUCUGGAAGAGUUAUUUAUGCACCAGUUAUUCACCAGUGGGACAAAAGCAAAAAAGAUCCAAAUGAAACAGGCAUCAACCUGCCAACCACCCCUAUUUGUUCAUGAACUCUGGACCAAUGUAUCUCAUGGACUCUCCCAAAUAUGAGACAUGAAUAAAGAAGUAUGGAUAGUAGUGCCUUGGAAGUUAACGUAGAGGAACAGAAAGCCUUAAAAUCAACUGGCAGACAAUAGGUUACAGCAUCCAUGUGAGCACACAGACUUGUACAGAUACAAGGGCAAAUAGAUACAUGUGACCAUAUACAGACCAGCAAUGUGGAGAUGUGUAAAUAGAUUGUAUUCAAGUUGCAGCUACAUAUACAGGGAUUGCCAAUUCUUUACAUUUUCAGUGAUGUACAGAUAUUCUAGAAACAUGUAAAGAAUACAUGCUGAUGUAUAUAGUUACAAUUCGAUAUGUACAUAAUUACAAACAGACCUAAAUACUAACAUGUUUUAUAACAAUACACAAUGCUAGAGACAGCUAAACAAAAUGGAGGUAAAUAGACACACAAUACAUGUACAAAUAUAUUUGUGCUACAUAGACAUGCUAUGGUCUGGUACUAUGUGGUUUCCUCGCUUUAAGCUUCUAGCACUCUAGAUUGAUUAACCAACCAGGGAUAAGAUUUGAGGGAAUGAUGUUUUGCUAACCGUCUGUUGGGCAGUAUCCCAAAUUCUUCUCAUGCAAGAUCUGCAAAAUGGAAGAAAAUGUUAUCCUUCAAUUAUCUAUAGUGAGGAAACAGUUCUGAAUGCCCUACCUGAUACAGAGAGAUUUAGGGUUAAGGUUCUCUUUUUUAAGUUUUACAAUUGGAACAGAAAAAAACUGCAUUGAGACUUGACAGAGCCAAGCAGAAAAUCUCCUCUGUAUAUCUUUCCCAACAUGAAUUGUACAAUUGUGAUUAUUGUUAUAAUAAAGCUCUGAACGGCAACAAAGA